CCAGAAUGCACCUUCCCCGCGCGCUUCCUCGCAGCAGCGGUGAUGAUGCUGCUGGAGUGUUUUCGCUCGCGGUGCUGGAGAUGUGAUGGGUCUUCUGGAGUUCGUCUCUGAUCGUCAUGCUUCCCGGGGUCCUUUACGCGCUGCUGGCGGGUUUUCUCGGCGCGGUCGCGUCCUCCUCCGCGAAACUGUCCCUCGGCACCGACUACCUGAAGGGCGUGUGUGAGACCGGCCUGCGGACGUGGGGCGAGCAGAGGAGAUUCACGCAGCACAACGACACGAGCGCGUGCGACUGGUUGCACAUCCCUCUCCGACUGCUGUGUGGCGGUCUGCUGUUCACCUGUAACGCUGUGAUGUGGACGUUCCUGGCCAAAGCUCUCCGCAGCUCGUGCUCCUCCACCCGCACCACUGUGACCACCACCGCCUCCAACUUCAUCUCCUCUGCAUUUCUGGGGCAGCUAAUAUUCGGGGAGACACACGUGGCUCUGUGGUGGGUGGGCAUCUCUCUCACUCUCUCCGGUCUGCUGGUGCUUCAUCACACGUCGCCCAACCUCACCCAAUCACACGACAGCAAGAGAGAAUGACGCCGCGUUAACGUGCAUGCGCAGCGACACUGCUGCAUUAUUAGAUGAGUUCAGUGUGUUUUAUAAACAUAUCAGAAAACACUAAUAUCACCACUACACAGACUAUAUGUGGGUCCAACUUCUCUAAGACACACAAACCUCCUACAGUCUUACCAAGAUUUUACUUUUGCUUGCUUCACCGCACAAGUGUUGCUCGAAAUAUUUGAGGUCAAACGUGAAAAUGGAGAGACUGAAAUGUUCUCGCAGCCGUAAAUCUACUAUCAUGCCAAAGAUUGAUUUAAAUAUAUAAAAAAGAAUUUAGGUUUGUUAUUAUUUAUUAUUAAAAUAGCAAAUGUUAAAGAUCCAUAAAAAUAUUAAAAUCAACUGGUGUAUUAAUCUACAUCAUUGUUAAUGUGGCGGGUGAAUCUCAGAACACGUCUGGGUCAUAUUUCACAUCAAAAUCAGUACUAAAAAUGUUUUUAAUAAAGAGGAUGAAGAUUGUUUUAGGACAAUUAAAAAAGGAAUAGAUUAAAAAAAUUUAAAUUAUGCAGGAAAAGUAACAUCAAUGAUGUGCUAAUGGAAGCAUUUUCACUUUUGAGUCAAAUAACGCAAAAUAUAAUUUUUUUUUUUUUUUUUUAAAUAUGAUCUGGACGCUGGUUCCUGAAAGGUUUCACGAGAUUUAUAUAGUAAAAUAUUUUGUUUUUUCCAAUUUUUUCUUUGCUCCAAAAGUUAAAAAUUGCCAAUUGAUUUGACAGCAGUUAUUUUACCUUAUUUACAUACUAUUGUAAUUUUUGU